CUUCCUCAGAGCCGGCAGCACGAUGGCGGCCGGGGAACCGGGAGACCUUGGCGGCUACUACUUCAGGUUCCUGCCUCAGAGAACCUUCCCGUCCCUGAGCGCCCGGGAGAUCACCAGCCGGCUCCGCCAGUGGUCCAUGCUGGGCAGAAUCCAGGCUCAAGCGUUCGGCUUCGACCAGACCUUCCUGCCCUACCGGAAAGACGAUUUCGUCAUGGCUUUUUUCAAAGACCCAAAUGUUAUUCCAAAUUUGCAGUUACUUUCAAAUUCUUCUGGACAGUGGACUACAUUAGGUAAUGAAAGAAGUGCAAACAGCUGCCAGGAAUGCUUCCAAACACAAGCUGUUUCUCAGGUUGGGGAUGCAAUUUUGCUCUUGGAAGAUUCUGAAAAAUAUGAAGUCUUCAGCCAGCCAGAGAGAGAAGAGUUCCUGUUCUGUCUUUUUAAGCAUCUUUGCCUUGGUGGAUCCCUUUGUCAGUAUGAAGAUAUGCUUAAACCAUAUCUGGAGACAGCAAAGCUGCUCUAUAAGGAUCUGGUGAGUGUACGGAAGCAUCCUCGAACCAAAGAAAUACACAUUACCUCUUCUGUCUUCAAAGUUAAAGCCUAUGACUCUGCUGGCCUGUGCUACCCUUCACCUAAGGAACACGAGCAGACUUUCUCAUACUUCAUUGUGGACCCCAUGAAGCGACACGUGAAUGUUCUGUACCAUUGCUAUGGUGUAGGAGAAAUGACUUAAUGCUGUUUCAGACCAUCUAAAGUUGCUGUUUCUUAGUUCAUCUUGUCUCUGUGUCAGUACUAAUGGGGAGAUAGACAUGUUUUUGCAGAUCAAUUGAAGUCAACUAUAAAGAGCCUGCUUCGAGCAGGAGAAAGCAAACACCAACCUGCCUCUCUCUAAGUUUACCUGGUAUGCUCAUACAGGAACUCUGCUGUCAUCUGUUCAAAGCAGGGGUAGACUUUCUACAGAAACUUAUAAGUUACAGAUACCUAUCUAGUCCGUAUUUAUUCUAUCAAGAUGCAGCUGAGUUCUCAGGUUCCCAUGUAUUUUUAUAUUGCUUUUAGUUUUUUGAGGCAGGAUCUCAUAUGGCUCUGGCUAGCCUUGAACUCACCAUGUAGCUGAGACUGGUCUUGAACUUCUGAUCCUCCUAUCACCACUUUCCAAUUGCUAGGUACAGGCAUGUACCACCAUGCCCAAAUUUAAGUAUUUUGUUUUAGAAGCUAAUUAAUUCUGGAUUAGAAUUGCAGCAUUAAAUAAAACAUCUCCACCACCACU